UAAGCAGAAAGCAAUCAACAACAACAAAGAAUUGCAUUAAAAAUAUUUUGUAUUAAAUUCUUCUUAAAAAAAGUUCCUCUUUAUCAGCAAAUUAAUUUUUAUUAAUUUUCAUUUUCUCGUCCUGAAUUCGUUUCACUGAAAAAACUCGAGCAACUCCCAUCUCCGGAGAAUUUCCCCAGAUUUUUCUUGGCAAAAGUGCUGCAAAGUGCUGAACUUUACGUGACACUCGCUCGUAGUAUCGAGUAGUGGGUUAAUUAAGUUCACGGCACGACGACGAAGCAAAAGCAGAAAAAUGUCUCUCAACCAUGGAUUCAACAUAAAGUCGGAAAAGUCAGAAUCUCGAGCAUUUGUAAUUUUUGAAAAUGUCACAAAACGCACGAUUGACGUGUAUUGGGUCAACUUUACGAGUCAAUUGGUGCUGUACAAAACACUCAAGCCACUGGAUCGUUUCAUGAUCAACACCUUUCAGACACAUCCGUGGAUUUUCAUGGACAAAUUCACGGGCGAACGGAUGGUAGUCGAGAACGAGGAAGUUUAUUGGCCGAAGCCGUGGUACUUGAAAAUCGAUCCGCGACAACGGAUGAUCCGACGAACUCUCGUGCGGAUACAGUUUCCGUUGCGAUCGCUGAAAAAGAACGCGAUGUGGAGCGUGGUAAGACAUUUGCAGAACGGCGAAUGCAUUCAGGACUUGCAGAUUCCCGUGAGUCUGCGACGCGAACUCGAAACACUCUUCAAACGACAUAAGCGAUACUGCCAAUACCGCAACACGGAGGCGAGCGACGAUGCGACGGACGAAAGUGAAAAUAGUAGCAAUAGUAACACAAGUACGAAUAGUAACGAGGAGAAUAGUGUCGAGGAAGAGAGACGCGUGUGAAUUAUUAGGACAUAAGCAACGGUGCAAUUACUCAUCGUAUUUUUCGUAUUUUCGACAACUUUUGUUGUAAUUUAAUGUAAAUUUUUUGAUAAAUUAUAUAUAUUAUUAUAUUGAUAUCGCCUCCCGGUAGCCCUUUAAUUACACACAUAACACACUCGUGAAAACAUGAGAUAAGCGAAUAAAUAAUUUUAAGUUGAAUAUAAAAAAAUUAACUACGUCGUACAUUUUUCAUUGACUUUUGGCUUGGAAAUUGU